AUGGCAUCCGAGACAUCACCAGACGUGCCCAAGGGCAGGAAGAGGUUCAUUCCCCUGGAGAACAAUCCCGAUGUCAUGUCCGCCCUCGUUCACAAGCUCGGUCUCUCGGAGAAGCUUGCAUUCCACGAUGUCUUCAGCAUAGACGAGCCUGAGCUACUUGCUUUUGUGCCGCGGCCUGCCCAUGCCCUGCUCCUCGUGUUUCCCGUCAGUAAGACAUACGAAAAGUUCCGCGUACAGGAAGACCAGGACAAGGCGGAGUACCAGGGACACGGCCCGGAUGAAGAGGUUGUCUGGUACAAGCAGACAAUUGGAAAUGCCUGUGGCUUAAUCGGCCUGCUCCAUGGUGUCUCCAAUGGCUCCGCGCGCGCCCAUAUCAAACCCGACUCAAACCUCGCCAAGCUGGUCAACGACGCGAUACCACUCAAGCCAAUUGAACGAGCCGACCUCCUCUACGAGUCUGAAGCACUCGAGAGCGCGCACCAAGACGCUGCAUCGGGAGGUGACACGGCUGCGCCCGAAGCCGAUUCCGAUGUCGACCUACAUUACGUCUGCUUCAUCAAGUCGGACAGAAACCAUCUUUGGGAACUCGAUGGUCGACGGAAGGGUCCUCUUGACCGGGGUGCGUUGGCUCCAGAUGAAGAUGUUCUCAGCGAAAAGGCUCUCGACCUGGGCGUGCGUAGCUUCCUGAAGCGCGAGGCAGAGGCCGGUGGAGGCGAGCUGCGCUUCAGUCUGAUCACGCUUGCCGAGUCAUUCUAG